CGCACCGAGGCGGCCGGCGGAGGAAGAUGGCGGCGGGGCGCUGAGGGGCCGGGCCGCACCGGGACAGCCGAGGCGCCCGCACCGGCACCGAGACGGGAACCCCCCCCCCUUUCCCUCCGCUCCAUGGCCGCGGGGCCGGCCCAGCAACCGCGUCCCCGCUGCGCCCGCACAGCCCUUACAGCUCCCGGGCCCCGCCGCGGCCGUGUCCCGCUGAGCCCCGAAGCCUGGUCCUGGCCCUGCCGGGCCUGACCCGCCCUCCCGCUCCGGAGGCGUCUGCGCGCAGGAGGCCGGGCCGGAGGGCAGCGGGCCGGCGGCGCCGCCCGCACCGAGCAGCUCCGGGCGUCUCCUCGCAGGCAGCGCUGACCCGCGGCGCCGAGCCCGCUGUGCGGCUCCUCCCGGCCCCGCGCUCCCAGCCGCAGGCGUCAGGAUGUCCGAGAACCAGCCCAACGCCAACAACCACCACCCGGGCAACGGCAACGGCGGCGGCGCUGCCGGGGGUAACAACCGAGGCGUCCGCAACCCCAACCUCAACCAGAACCCUCUGAUCAAUGUGCGCGACCGCCUCUUCCAUGCGCUCUUCUUCAAGAUGGCAGUGACCUACGCGCGGCUCUUCCCACCCUCCUUCCGCCGCGUCUUCGAGUUCUUCGUCCUCCUCAAGGCUCUCUUUGUGCUCUUCAUCCUGGCGUACAUCCACAUCGCCUUCUCCCGCUCGCCCAUCAACUGCCUGGAGCACGUGCGCGACAAGUGGCCGCGCGACGGCAUCUUGCGGGUGGAAAUCCAGCGCAACUCCAGCCGAGCCCCCAUCUUCCUGCAGUUCUGUGGUGCUGACAAGUUCCCAGGGAUGGUGGUUGAAUCCACAGCCGAGGAAGAGGAGGAGGAAGAAGAGGAAAUGACAGUGGAUAUGUUUGAAAACAGCUCUGUCAAGUUUGAGCUGGAUAUCGAGCCCAAGGUGUUCCUCAAGCCAUCCCGGGUGAGCAGCACCGAGGCGCUGACCCACAACGAAAGCCGGGAGUUCUCGUUUAGUGAAGCAGCCACUAAAGGUAUGGAGCCUCUGAGGGAGACUGUGUCCGAGUUUGAGAUGCUAGCCAGAGCAGUGUGGCCGCAGGAGGAGUACAUAGUGGAGUACUCGCUGGAGUACGGGUUCCUGCGCCUGUCGCAGAGCACUCGGCAGCGCCUCAGCAUCCCGGUCAUGGUGGUGACUCUGGAUCCUACGAGGGACCAGUGCUUUGGGGACAGGUUCAGUCGCCUGUUGCUGGACGAGUUCCUGGGUUAUGAUGACAUCCUGAUGUCAAGUGUCAAAGCUUUAGCUGAAAAUGAGGAAAACAAAGGUUUCCUUCGCAACGUGGUGUCUGGGGAGCACUAUCGCUUUGUCAGCAUGUGGAUGGCCAGGACUUCUUAUCUGGCAGCCUUUGUCAUCAUGGUCAUAUUUACUCUGUCCGUUUCGAUGCUGCUGCGCUACUCGCACCAUCAGAUCUUUGUCUUCAUUGUUGACCUGUUACAGAUGCUGGAAAUGAACAUGACAAUUGCGUUCCCUGCAGCUCCCCUCCUCACUGUCAUUCUGGCUCUCGUAGGGAUGGAGGCCAUCAUGUCCGAGUUCUUCAACGACACCACCACCGCGUUCUACAUCAUCCUCAUCGUGUGGCUGGCCGACCAGUACGAUGCCAUCUGCUGCCACACCAAUACGAGCAAGAGGCAUUGGCUCAGGUUCUUCUAUCUGUACCACUUUGCCUUCUAUGCCUACCACUACCGAUUCAACGGGCAGUACAGCAGCCUGGCUCUGGUCACCUCCUGGCUCUUCAUCCAGCACUCCAUGAUUUACUUCUUCCACCACUACGAGCUGCCAGCCAUCCUCCAGCAGAUCCGCAUCCAGGAGAUGCUGCUGCAGAACCAGCAGGUGGGUCAGGGCACUCAGACCACGCUGCAGGACAACCUCAACAACAACACCACCGCUGCCCCCAUCGACGUGGGGAGCCGCAGACCCCCCCUGCCCGCCGGCCCCUCGGGGGACGGGGCCAGCCCGGCUGCCCUGACACCCAGCACAGCCUCCAGCGUCAUCGCCGCUGCCACCGCGGGCAGUGACCUCAACUGGGUAGCUGAGACAGCCGCCAUCGUCACCGAGGCCUCCUUUCUGUCCGACCUCAGCACCACCCUCCUGGAGCCAAACGUGAUGCACGAGGCCAUGGCCAACGGGAGCCCGCAGGACGCUGCCUCCGGGCUGGUCGCCCGCAUCAGGGUGAGCAGCGAGCACCCGGAGACGGCCGUGGGCUCCAUCACCAUUGAAGUCACCUCGACGUCUGUGGUGGCAGCGGCAGAUGGUCCCCCCGCCGCAGAGGCGGCCCCGGCUGCGCCCCUCGUCCCGCCGCAGGAGGAGGGAGCCUCUGUCCCCAGCGCUCCCCUCCCUGAGCAGACUGAGGCUGGGGAGGGCUCGGGCAGCCACGCCAGGGCGAGCAGCAGGGACUGUGCUGGCAGCAGCGGCGUGGCACAGACCCCUCCAGCCUCUGCGGAGGACACGGAGCAGGACAGGCCGUCGGGGCGCGCUCCUGGGGAGCGGGGGGACAGCAGCCCUUGCCCAGCACCAGCAGAGAGCCCACCUCGCUCCACACCCUGCUCGCAGCCACACUUGAGGAGCCUGUCUUGAGCCCCCGUUACUGUAAUUCCGGACUGCCGGGGAGGCAUUUGGAUUUUCCUUUGUUACUGUUUCUCACUUCACCAUCAUCCUUAACCCAUGAAUUCCUCUUAGUGCAGAGGUGGAGCAGCCGGGAUGGAGAAGAGGUGCUGCAGUGACCUCCCCUGGGAAGAGCCUGUGUGUGCUUGUGUGUGAGAGCCUGAUGGAUGUGGGACAAGGUGGCCACUCUGGUUCCCUGCCCCAGCUUUUCCUUGUCCCCUCUUUGCCCCCCAUGGUCACGUUUGCAGUCUGGAUCACAGCCAUGAGCUGGUUUGGGACAGACCGUGUGUGUGUGUGGCAGCUUCAUGUUAGAAUAGCAGCUGCAUGUGGACAGGGAGUGGGUUUUCAGACCCCCUUGGGAAUGCAGGAGAAACCUGGUCACCUCCCCUUCUCCCUAGGGAGAAAAGGAGCUUCAGCCCUUCCCCAGAGACUAGAUCUCCUCCUGCCAGGGCAAAGCUGGGCAAUAACCAAAGCAGAAGCUGCAGUUCAGGCCCAUCUUUUCUGUCCUUGAGCAUCUCCUGAUCAGUGGGUAUUGGGGGGGAAAGCUGCUGUGUCCAGGUUGGAGCUUCCAUCCCAGGCACAAGGCAUUUGGGCAGUGCUGGCCUCUGUGCCACUGGUGACCACUGGGAGGGCAUUGGGAGCUUGGCCUCUCUUAGUUGCAUGUGGCCAGCACAAAGCAGGGGAAAAUGGUCUCAAAUCCCAUCCCCUGGGAGCCUGUGGGGACAUUUGGGGCCAGCAGCUCUGCCUUGGGGAUGGCGUUUGCUUUUCAGUGCCUUGUCCCUGCCGCGGGACACAUUCGUGUCCAAGAUCAGCCCCAUCC